UUUCCUCUAUAUAUUUGCGAAUUGAAUUUUCUGAAACUGAAACCUCGACGAAACUUGCUGCAAUUUCAUGUAUUAAAACCAUGUUAGCGCCAAUUUUAUUGAUCUCUCAAUCGGCUGUAAUUCGAAACUUGAGCUACAACUUCAAGCCUGCAGCGGUAACAUUAUCCGAUGGCACCUAGAAAGACAGAUCGAGUGGGCUCGAAAUCACAAUCGAAGAAGAAACUGAGAGUGAAGGUCGAAGCCAAACGAGUGAAAGCGGAGAUCGGAAAGGUAAGGAAAGAACAGGAAUGCUUAAAAGAUGAGCAGAGGAAGUUAAUAACAAGGUUUAAUGAGAUUGCUAAAGAGUGCGAUGAACUGAAAGAAGAAACAGAAAUGAUCGAGAAGCAAUCGGCCAUUACUCAAGCCAAGCUCGUUCUCAUGUUCGGAAUCUUGAAGGCUCGUGAGGCUGGAGAUUUGGUUCAAGCUGCUAAUCUGACUCGACACCUUCGUGAAAUCGUUGCCAUGGAGAAAGCAAAUGCAGCUUUGGACGAAGCCAAAGAUGAAGAAGAUCCAUAGACUACGCCCCCGAAGGGUAAUUAAGAAGCUGGGUCGUCAGCUCUGGGAUGGCAGAAUCGAACGGCUCGGUUUCAUUGAUAUAAAAUAAUUUUAUAAUAAGAUUUGGUGUUUGUCAACUAGUGAGUGGUGUAAUGAUAAAACAAUGUGUUGUUAUCAAGUCUACACUUGAUCUUGUGGUCAAACCCCGAACAAUACUCAUCCGAAAAGAAGGGUUUCAGUGUGCUGUC